CGGGAAUACUCGAGAGCAAGAGAGCGAACAUUCGAGAGAGCUCGACUACUAUUUAUAAGCCAGUCAAGUCGGCGCACCGGUCAGUGUUCUAUGUGCACCACACACGGAAUAGAGUACGCGUUGAAAUUUUUCUCGUUGUCUGCAACACGGAUAUUACAACAUGGCUAAAGCUGUAGGUAUUGACCUGGGAACGACAUAUUCGUGUGUAGGUGUUUUCCAGCAUGGCAAAGUGGAAAUUAUCGCCAACGAUCAAGGUAACCGUACGACACCUAGCUACGUCGCCUUCACCGACAGCGAGCGGUUGUUGGGGGACGCGGCUAAAAACCAAGUGGCCGUCAACCCCGCGAACACGGUGUUCGACGCCAAACGACUGAUCGGCAGAAAGUUUAACGACGCUCAUGUUCAAGCCGACAUGAAGCAUUGGCCUUUCAAGGUCAUCAACAAGAAUGACAAGCCGAUGAUCCAGGUGGAAUUUAAAGGAGAAAUGAAAAUCUUUUCGCCUGAAGAGAUCAGCUCCAUGGUUCUGACCAAAAUGAAGGAGACGGCCGAAGCGUAUCUGGGGAAGACCGUCAAGGAUGUGGUUGUCACCGUCCCGGCGUACUUCAACGAUUCCCAGCGACAGGCGACGAAAGAUGCCGGCAUCAUCGCUAGCUUGAACGUUCUGAGAAUCAUCAACGAGCCGACGGCCGCGGCACUGGCGUACGGUCUCGACAAGAAUCUCAAAGGUGAGAAAAACGUCCUUGUGUACGACCUUGGUGGUGGAACCUUUGACGUGUCCAUCCUGACCAUCGACGAAGGAUCCAUGUUCGAGGUGAGGUCGACCGCCGGGGAUACCCAUUUGGGAGGGGAGGAUUUCGACAGUCGAAUUGUCAGUCAUCUGGUCGACGAAUUUAAGCGAAAGCACAAAAAGGACAUAUCCGGAAACCAAAGGGCCAUUCGCCGACUGAGAAGUGCGUGCGAACGGGCCAAGAGGACCUUGUCCAGCAGCACUGAAGCCAGCAUUGAAAUCGACUCACUGUUUGAAGGGAUCGACUACUACACCAAGAUAACACGGGCGCGAUUUGAAGACCUGUGUGCUGAUCUGUUCCGUAACACCAUGGAACCAGUAGAAAAGGCCAUAAAGGAUGCCAAGCUCGACAAGUCGAAGAUUGACGACAUCGUUAUGGUUGGUGGUUCUACGAGGAUUCCAAAGAUUCAGAAACUUCUCCAGGAUUUCAUGAAUGGGAAGGAGCUGAACAAAUCCAUAAACCCGGACGAGGCAGUGGCAUAUGGAGCAGCCGUCCAGGCAGCCAUCUUGACCGGAGAUACCAGCGAGGCCAUCAAGGACGUGCUUCUGGUCGACGUGGCUCCACUGUCGCUCGGGAUCGAAACUGCCGGCGGCGUCAUGACGAAACUGAUAGAAAGAAACGCACGCAUCCCUUGCAAGACGUCGAAGAUCUUCACCACCUACGCCGACAAUCAACCAGGCGUCUCGAUCCAGGUGUACGAAGGCGAGCGAGCCAUGACCAAGGACAACAACCUCCUUGGACGAUUUGAAUUGAACGGAAUCCCGCCUGCACCGCGCGGCGUUCCACAGAUCGACGUCACCUUCGACAUCGACGCCAAUGGGAUCAUGAGCGUCUCGGCGCAGGACAAGAGUACCGGGAAGUCGAGCAAGAUCACCAUCACGAACGACAAGGGCCGGCUGGGCGCGGCGGAGAUCGAGAGAAUGGUGAACGAGGCGGAGAAGUACCGGGACGAGGACGAGAAGCAGAGAGAGAGGGUGAGCGCCAGGAACCAGCUGGAGAACUACGUGUUCAGCGUGCGCCAGUCCAUUAACGAGGCGGGGGACAAGCUGUCGCAGUCGGACAAGGACGCGGUGAACCACAAGUGCGAGGAGACCCUCAAGUGGAUCGAUGCCAACCUCCUGGCCGAGAAGGACGAGUACGAGUUCCAGCUGAAGGAGGUGGAGAAUGUCUGCAGACCCAUCAUGGUCAAGAUGCACGGAGGAGGAGGAGGAGCUCAGGCUGGAGGUCAACCAGGAGGUCAGCCCGGAGGUCACGGUCCAACCGUUGAGGAAGUGGAUUAAAUGGUUCUGAAAGUGAACGGAGAUACGUGGCUGGUGCUAAUGUCAGGGUCGUUUCGAAAAUUACUUGGGACUCCGGCCAAACCUCCGUCUAACAGUAAACGGCUAAACGCCCCCUCCACAAUUGUGUAAGUUCUCCACCCCACCACACCCCACCCCUUCCGACUGACUGGACAAGAGAUAUUAUCAAUGUUAAAGCAAGUUAACUCUUAUCUUCAACACGGCAUAUUAGGCGUGGUUAUUAUUAUUUUGUUUAAUUUGUAUUCCGUAUCAGGCAGGGCCCGUGAAAAUGUAUUUGAAGGGAGAUGGGUGAGGGCGCUCUGUCAGUGUCAAUUUGAAAGUAGAAGGCAAUUUCAGUCCUAUGGCCCGGGAGGGAAAUCGAAUGGCUCAAAGGGCCCGGACCUGUUAGAUGGGGGACGGGGACAUGCUCCCCAGUAAAUGUUUUAUUUUUUAUUUUUGUCAUAUGCCCAUCCUUCCAUGUCCAUAGAUCUCCCUGUUGUGGCACGUAAUUGUUGACCGGGCCCCUUAUUACAGCAGUAAACUCUUGGCUGACGAUUACCAGCCUCGGUUAUCUACUGACACUAGACUGUCUGGUGCUCACUCGCCAGACGUGGCGCAACUGGCUUCUAAUUUCAAGUCGCUGUUCGUCCAACAACCGUAAUAUUUUGUGAAUCGAUAGACACGAUCGGACAUUUUUUUUUUAUAACGGCGUUGGGUCUAGGAAUGUCCUUUUAAAAGAUAAUCAUGCACAACUUUGUACGAUAUUGCCUUUCGCCUCAUAGUAUGAUAAUUUCUUGAAUAGGUUUUUUAAGACAUUUAUGAUAAAAAGUUGGAGUUUAUUUUUUACUCGCUCAUUUUUGACAUAUUUCUUGCCCUUGUUGUGGUUUAUGCUCACUAUAUAUAUAUCGUAUUGUUAUUAAUAUUUUUGUACACUUUUUACCUGACAAAAUAUUUUAUAAAGACGCGGUGUGUUGAACUAGUUCAGAUUUGCAGAUUUCAAAAAAAGGCUCAGAUUUAAGUUAUCAUACAUCCAAAAUGUUCUACACAAAAAUGCCUUCCUUUGAUCAUAUAGGCUGAGUUUUCAGAAGGUCAUAAUGACAUUACCACCGCUGUCAGUUUGAUACGCUUUCUAAUGUGUGUAUUGAGGACAACAAUUCUCCGUGUGCAUGUAUAUCAUUCUCACCACUAUAGCGGUCUGAAGAUUGAUUUGUGGGACACGUUUCACUUUUAUGCACUAGAUAUAUUUUAACCUAGAUUUCCAGCCAAUUUGAAGUGGUCGCCAUGCUCUCUGAUUUUGAUAGCCUCAUACCUUUCUCAGCUGAAUGCUUGUGGCAUUAAUUAAGGACACAUAAAAUAUGUAUACACGCUGUGUACGUUAGUGUUUUCGCUGUAAAAUUGUAGCGACAUACGUCAACCCAGGCUUACAGCCAGCUCAAAAUGGUUUACCUUGCUCACUCAUUUUGAUUGAUAUAUAUAUAUAUAUAUAUAUAUAUAUAUAUAUAUAUAUAUAUAUAUAUAUAUAUAUGUAUGUAAUUCAAAAUAAAAGUUCUAGCAAAAUAUACAUGGUUGUAGCUAUUCAAGAAAAGUCGAUAUUUUCAAGUAUAAAUAUUAUUCGGAACUCCUCGGUACAAUUCACGAAUCAUACCUCUGACAUCGACAUUUGGCUCAUGAUUAAUGAAAUUUUUCUCUCUAUUUAUGGUCUAAUUAUAAUAUGUUCCAAUGAAACUCAUGUUCAGUUGUUCAAUUUAAAGUUCAAAUUUAAAUUUUGUAACACAACAUGUUGUUAAUAAAACUAACGAUUAACAUUUUUGUCAUUUCAAAGAUUUGUUUUUCAUAUUUUCAUCUAUAUUUACUGUACUAUAAUAUUCAUGUACAAAUGAAAACAUAUCUAAGAGGGUUUUUUGGGGGUGGGGUGGUUGGCGCCCGAACUGAUUCACGUCGACAACCUUUUUUGGUGUGAACUCCGUGCCAAAAGGUUAACCCUUAAAUGUUAUGUGACCAGGGCAGCGCAUUUGAAUCUUAAUUGGAUAUAAGGACAAAAAUAAAGUUAAAAUGAAAAUCGUAAUCCCCCGAGGUGUUCCGAAUGAUA